AUGUCUCAUAUCGUGCCAAAGCUCAACGACCCCUCGCUGCUCAAGACCAAUGUCGCAUACGUCAAUGGCGAAUGGGUGAAGGCACAGUCGGGGAAGACCUUCGAGGUGACUGACCCCUCAUCUGGCAAGCUCAUUGGGACCGCCCCCGACUUCAAUGCUGCAGACACGCAGCGUGCAAUUGACGCCGCUGCUGCUGCCUUCCCCUCCUUCAAGACCAAGACCGGCCGAGAACGUUCCAAGCUCUUGAGAAAAUGGUACGACCUGAUGAUCGAAAACAGUGAGGAUCUUGCUACACUCAUCACUUGGGAGAACGGCAAGCCCUUGGCGGAUGCAAAGGGAGAGGUUGCAUAUGCGGCUGGUUUCUUCGAGUGGUUCAGCGAGGAGGCACCACGAGUCUAUGGUGAUACCAUCCCGGCGUCAGUUCCGGGAAACAGAGUUAUCACCGUCAAGGAACCGGUGGGAGUUUGCGGGCUUAUCACACCAUGGAACUUCCCCGCAGCAAUGAUUACCCGGAAGAUCGGUCCCGCCCUUGCAGCCGGCUGCACGGUGGUGGCAAAAGCUCCUGGUGAGACGCCAUUCACAUCUCUGGCUAUCGCCGAACUUGGACACAGAGCAGGAAUCCCCAAGGGGGUUAUUAACAUCGUCACUGCCCUGGAUAAUACUGUCGAAGUAGGAGAAAUCCUCACGACAUCCCCUACUAUCAAGAAGGUUUCCUUCACAGGUUCUACCGGGGUUGGAAAACUCCUCAUGAAGCAAGCCUCAUCCUCCCUCAAGAAGCUCUCUUUCGAGCUCGGAGGUAAUGCUCCCUUCAUCGUUUUCGAUGAUGCGGAUCUCGACGUCGCAGUAAACGGUGCUAUUGCUUGCAAGUUCCGCUCCUCUGGCCAGACUUGCGUUUGUGCCAACAGAAUCUUCGUGCAAUCCGGCAUCUACGACGAGUUUGCCCAGAAGUUCGCUGCAAAGGUCAAGGACUUCAAGGUUGGCGGCGGCUACACGGCCGGCGUCACCCACGGACCCCUCAUCCACGAUCGUGCCGUUUCCAAGGUCGAGGCGCACGUCCGGGAUGCGGAGAAGAAGGGUGGAAAGGUCAUCCAAGGCGGUCAGAGGUUGCCCGAGCUCGGAGCCAACUUCUUCCAGCCCACCGUCAUCACCGGCAUGACCACCGACAUGCAACUCGCCAACGAAGAGACCUUCGGACCCGUCGCCGGCCUCUUCAAAUUCGACACCGAGGAGGAAGUCGUGAAGAUCGCCAACUCGGCCGACGUCGGUCUGGCCGGCUACUUCUUCUCCCGCGAUCUCCAGCGCGUGUACCGCGUGGCGGAAGCGCUGGAAGUCGGCAUGGUUGGCGUGAACACGGGGCUGAUCAGCGAUGCCGCGUCGCCCUUCGGCGGCGUCAAGGAGUCGGGCUUCGGUCGCGAAGGCAGCAAGUACGGUAUCUCGGAGUACCAGGUCAUCAAGAUGAUCACGUAUGGUGGCAUGGGUCAGCCACUGCAGAGCUAA